CUGCCGCUCAGACCUCAGUGCCACCGGCCACCCCGACCCCGGCGCCGCCGGCCCCGCGAGCCAUGGAUCUGGCGACGAGGGCCACGGGCAGCCUCCUCCUCAAGCUCAGCGGCCUCCUUACGGACGAGUACAAGCUGCAGGCCGGAGUCAAGGAAGACGUACAGUACCUCAAGAGAGAGCUGACAAGCAUGUACGCCGCCCUCCGCAAGGUCGGGGACGUGCCGCGGGACGAGCUCGACGUGCAAGUCCAGCUCUGGGCCGACGACGUCAGGGACCUCUCAUACAGAAUGGAGGACCUCGUCGACAAGUUCCUGGUGCGCGUCGAGGGCCCCAAGGCUUCUUCCGCUGCCGCCGACAAACCACGCAAGCUCAAACGGCUCAUGGAGAAGAUGGGCGACCUGUUCACCAAGGGCAGGACUCGCCACCAGAUCGCCGACGAGGUCAAGGGCAUCAAGGCCCGUGUGCAGGAGGCAGCUGACCGGCGUGAUAGGUACAAGGUCGAUGAUGUGGUAGCUAAUCCUAGUAGCCUAGUCACGGUUGACCCUCGCCUGAUGUCUGUGUAUAAAGAUCGAAAAGAGCUCGUUGGCAUCGACGAGCCGUUGAGCAACCUAACUGAGAUGCUGACUGAUGGGGAUACUGAUGUGUCCAGGCAACUUAAGAUAGUUUCUAUUGUUGGAUUCGGAGGUCUUGGCAAGACUAGUCUUGCUAAAGCAGUGUAUGAUGAGCUCCAAUGGCAAUUCGAUUGCAGCGCUUUUGUUCCGGUGGGACUGAAACCUAGCGUGAAGAAACUUCUCAACGACAUUCUCUUUGAAAUUGACAAGCAAAAGCAUCAGGAUUCUAUUUUAUCGUCAUGGGACGAAAGGCAGCUCAUCGACCAACUCCGAAGAUCACUAGCGACCAAGAGGUACUUCAUCGUGAUUGAUGAUAUAUGGGAUACAGAAGCGUGGGAAAUAAUCAGAUGUGCUCUUGUUGAUAAUAAUUGUGCAAGCAGGAUAGUCACAACUACUCGUAUUCUCGAGGUUGCGACAAAAACCGGUGAAGUAUACAAGCUAAAACCACUUUCUCAUGAUUUAGCUGAGGAACUAUUUCAUACAAGAUUGUUUGGUGGCAAAAACAAAGGCGCUUGUCAUCAGCCAGCAGAGGUAUACGAGAAAAUGUUGCAUAAAUGUGGUGGUGCACCGUUGGCUAUAAUCACAAUGGCUAGCUUGCUUGUUGGUAAACCAGUGGAGUUUUGGUCUAAGGUGUACAACUCAAUUGGUUUUGGAAAUGAAGAUAACAAAGAUGUCAACAACACGAGGAAGAUACUUUUAUUUAGCUACUAUGAUCUGCCUUGCUAUCUAAGGACUUGCUUAUUGUAUAUGAGCAUAUAUCCAGAAGAACAUCUAAUCGAGAAAGAUAGUCUGAUAUGGAAGUGGGUUGCCGAGGGUUUUAUUCAUGAGGAAGCAGGGGUAGGAUUAUAUGAGAUUGGUGAAAGAUAUUUCAACGAGCUGAUAAAUAAAAGCAUGAUACAACCGGUAGAUUCCCACCCGUAUGAUCGCACCAUUACAGGUUACUACGACAUCAUUACGGGUUGCCGUAUUCAUGAUAUGGUUCUUGACAUGAUCUGUCGGUUAGCAAAGGAAGAAAACUUUGUCACUGCAUUGUACAAUAAUGAGCAACAAGCAUAUACAGUACAUCACAAUGUCCGUAGGUUAGCUGUUGGAGACAAAAACUGUCUGGCUAACACAUGUAUGCCACAAAUAAGGUCAUUUAAUGUCUUGAGUAGCGAUGUUAAGCUGCCAUCGCUUUCAUGCUUUCAAGUUUUACGUGUCCUAGCUCUAGAACGUGAUACCUCUUCUGAACAUGACACUACUUGCCUUGAGCAUCUUGGAAAGUUAGUUCACUUGAGGUAUCUUGGACUAAGGAAUAUAAAUAUCAGUGAGCUCCCAAAGGAAAUAGGAGAUCUAAAAUUCUUACAGAUGUUGGAGAUGAAGGAUUGCAACAAACUACUGAAACUGCCACAGGGUAUUGGUCAAUUAAGUCAAGUCAAGUGCCUGCGUGUUUACGCGGACCGGUUUUCGAUGCUGCAAUGUCUGGAAGACACAGCACUAGACUGGAUCAGAAACCUGACAUCUCUGGAAGAGUUAUGCUUAUUGAAUGUCAGUGAGUCCUCAAACUUUGUGAAUGAUCUCGGAAAGCUGAAAGAGUUGAGGAAGCUUUGCAUUGUAUCUUUACGGUUGAAGAGUGCGAGCUUGAUAAAAGAUUGGGAGGAGUCUCUAGCCAAACUGCAGAAAAUUCAGGUCAUAGACAUUGGUUGGUUUAUAUAUAAAGAAGAAGGUGAUGACACCUACUGCCGAGAAGGCUAUGCCCCCCCUCGCCAACUCCGUGUUCUGCAUAUGCAGUACAAACAACCUGGGCUGCCUAUAAAGAUUAGUCCAUCUCUUCAACCAAACCUCUCCCACUUAUCAUUACAAGUGAAUGCUCUAGAUGUGGAGAUCUUUGGAAGGUUCCCAGAGCUCGUUACUCUCCAGCUGGAUGUGAAUACUUAUCACUAUGAUGUCACGGGAGCUCCAGGUGCAUUCCCCAAGUUGAGAGCUUUCAAGACGGAUGGAACGCCCCGUUUCCUUGGAGUAAUGCCAAACCUUGAAUAUCUAGAGUUCGUCGUCUCAGUUAUGGACCUCAACACUAAACCUGACUUUGGUAGCUUGGUGAAUCUCCCUAUGCUUCGGAGAGUCGUAAUUCUAGUAUGGUACAACUUCAAUGAAUUCGAUUCAGAGAAGGCUAAGGAUGUGGUGAGGGAGGCAAUCUUUUCCGGCCCCAGCGGUUUCACAUUUGAACUGAAGACGUACUAAGCAAGAUAGCUUGGGGUUUUCUCUACCACACAAAAUUUGUUCAUAUCUUGGAGAGAGCAUCUCAACCGGGCAAAUUUUUGGUAUGUGCAGUACUCAAAGGGGAAAAAACCUUGUAUCGUCAUCUACUCCCUCCGUUCGGAAUUACUUGUCGCACAAAUGGAUGUAUCUAGACGUAUUUUAGUUCUAAAUACAUCCAUUUCCGAGACAAGUAAUUCCGAACGGAGGGAGUAGAAAAUUAACUUUAUGAUCAUUUCUCCCUCCAAAAGGCUUUAUGAGAGGUUAGCUGCAAGCUACAUAUUUCAUCUAGCAUUUGCCUCCUUUCUUUGCAGAACCAGAGCAUGCAUGCAUGCCACAGGUUUCAGUUCCCUCCUUUCCAGGCACUACUUCUAUGGAAGUGGAAUGAAAUGUGUAUGUUGCUUCCUUCUCCGGCCCUCUGGCUGCCUUUCCUUUUUUCCUUUUGAGUUUCAUUUCCAUUAUGGUUAUUUUUUUCUUCAAGUGUGCAGUUAUAGAUGUAAUCCAGUUUGCCGAUGCGAACUGGUUGCCAUACCCAGCUCAGAGAUCUAAUAGGCAAAAGAACUCUCAGGUAUGCCAUGUUCACUUUCAUCAGAGAUACAUGCGGGCAGUUUAUGUACGAGACUUAUGCACCAGAAACAGUCUGACAGCCAGCUGUCCAUAGCUCCCAUCCCAGUGCAGCUCGAUUUACAACUUCUUUUGGACUAUGAGCAUAUCUCGCCAGCAGAGUUGUAGGAACCAAGUAAAGAGUAAAGGUUCUGUGAUGCAGAAUGCUCCUGAAAGUGGAAGGGCUUGUCUGGGGAGACUUCUAGUAACCAAGUAAAGGGAUCCUGUUAGGGAGGAUCAUCCUGUAACUCCUGGCUUGUCUAACAGUUAUGAUUCACAUUCUGCAGGGUGAUGAAAACUGGUUGCAAAUUGAGUUUCAUUCCUACAGCAGAACGAUGGUAUAGUAAAAUGUGAUGGCUGAUAGGAGUUUCUGCUGAUUUUGGUGGGCACCGGAGAAGUUGAAGGAAAAAUACUCUUUUAAAUUCCUAAAAAGGAUGAGAAAAACACUUCUGAAUUUCCAAGUAAACUGCUAGCAGCCAUCGGAGCCGCUUGUGGAGGUGCAUCGGUGUCCAGUUCAGUUCUCCUGUCACCUUUUGGGCUGUGAUCAUUGCUGUGGCCUCCUCUUCAGCACUGUCACAGAUGUGCAAUACAAACUCUGUUUGAACGAGGUUUGGAAUGCUGACACAGUAGGUACAGUCAGAAGGCGUCCACACAAAAUUCCAGCAGCUGGCUAGCCAUGCUCAUCAUAUUCUGUAACAAAAAGAUAGGGAUGUGUAAAGUAAAGAGCAGUUCAGGUACAAGAAAUUUCAUAUGAAUAUGACAACUUGUGUCUGGUGUACUCUGGUUGUGGUCGUCAUGAAACCACUAAUUGAGAGUUUGAUUUCCUUGUAGAUUGAAAUGCCUAUCGAAAAUCUUUAGAACAAAUGCCUAUGGACAAAGCUGUGGAGACGCUGCUGCGGUUGGGUCUGGCGAUUGAGCUGCCAACCAAUGACAGCAUGUCCUCUGUAAUAGUUCUUCCAUGUUCAAAUGUGUACGAGAUUCUCAAAAGCCGUCGGAAAUUCUUAGCAUAGCUCUCAGCAGAGUUGUAGUAACUAAGUAAAGAGUAAAACAUUUUUAUGGGGAGAUUUA